UCGGACAUUCUGUCAGGAUGCCUGAAAUCAACACCGACCAUCUCGAUGAGCAGCAGGUUCAGCUCCUGGCCGAGAUGUGCAUUCUUAUUGAUGAAAAUGACAAUAAAAUUGGGGCUGAGACCAAAAAGAAUUGUCACCUGAAUGAAAAGGUUGAGAAAGGAUUAUUGCAUCGAGCUUUUAGUGUCUUCUUAUUCAACACUGACAAUAAACUCCUGCUACAGCAGAGAUCAGAUGCUAAAAUUAGCUUUCCAGGUUGUUUUACCAAUACUUGUUAUAGUCAUCCCUUAAGUAACCCAGGAGAGCUUGACGAGAAUGAUGCAAUUGGAGUUAGGCGAGCAGCACAGAGGCGUUUAAAGGCCGAAUUGGGAAUUCCCAUGGAACAGGUUCCUCUAGAAGAAAUUAAUUAUCUGACUAGAAUUCACUACAAGGCUCAGUCUGAUAGUAUCUGGGGAGAAUAUGAAAUUGAUUACAUUUUGUUUGUGAGAAAGAACGUGACUUUGGAUCCAGACCCCAAUGAGAUUAAAAGCUAUUGCUAUGUGUCAAAGGAAGAAGUGGAAGAAAUGCUGAAAAAGGCAGCCAGCAGUGAAAUUAAGAUAACUCCAUGGUUUCAAUGUAUUGCAGAAGCUUUUCUCUUUACGUGGUGGGAUAACUUAAAUAAUUUGAAUCAGUUUGCUGACCAUGGGAAAAUACACAGAAUGUGAAUGUGGAGAUGAAUGAUUAGUAAA